CGUAGACAUAAUAAUAAUAAUUAAAAAUUAGUGUAAAUUCUCAAACUCAAAAAAGUUUUUAGUGAAUAUACGCCUUUUCUUCUCUCUCCUCCCUCAGUUCCUCCCUUCUCGGCCUCUCUGAAGUGUACUGGGUUUGACGUCAUUAGAGGUUUCUCGUUCACCGAUACACCCCCCCCGUUCCGCCGCCACUCUCAUCAAUUGGGAAACACACUGGUCCGUCAUGCGUGUAACUGAAAGUACCCACCGAUCUUCAAUUGUGAUGGCAGCUCCUUCUUGUUGUUGUCCCCAUUCAUAGUCAUUAUCGACUUUUCCCCUUCUCGAAUUGGUAUUUUCUGUUUUAAAUUUUCGGAAUUCAUCGUCAGUUUCUAUCGAGGCGAUCAGGGUUUUCCAGAUGAAGAUCGAAGAUUUGGAUGAGAAAGAUAAUGGGCGUGACAAGGGCGGAUUUAGCGAUGAUGAUAGUGAUGACGAUUGUAGGAAUUUUAGCCAGUACCGGAGGUUGAUAGUUAGGGUCGAUGCUAAGAGAGCUCUGGUCGGUGCGGGUGCUCGGAUCCUCUUCUAUCCGACGCUUUUGUAUAAUGUUUUCCGCAACAAAAUCAAUCAAGCUGAGUUCAGGUGGUGGGAUGAAAUCGAUCAGUUUUUGCUUCUUGGAGCAGUUCCAUUUCCGAAAGAUGUUCCUAGGUUGAAGCAGCUUGGUGUUGGUGGAGUUAUUACUCUUAAUGAGCAUUAUGAAACCCUGGUCCCAACUACAUUGUACCGUGCUCAUGGGAUUGCUCAUUUGGUUAUUCCUACCCGAGACUAUCUGUUUGCACCCUCUUUUGUUGAUAUCAAUCGGGCUGUGGAUUUCAUUCAUAAGAAUGCAUCCAAAGGUGAGACAACAUAUGUACACUGCAAAGCGGGUCGAGGAAGGAGCACGACAGUUGUUCUCUGUUAUUUGGUGGAGUACAAGAAUAUGACUCCAGUUUCUGCUCUGGAGUACGUCAGGUCUCGGAGACCUAGAGUAUUGUUAGCUCCUUCUCAGUGGAAGGUAACCACUAAAGUCCAAUUGAUGCAUAAUUGUUUAUGCCUAGAUUGAGUGCUUUAAUAUUUCAGUGCUGUAUUUUUUUGUUUGUCAAUAGGCAGUACUUGAAUUCAAGCAGUGGCGAAUGCAUUCUGCCUCACUCUCUCCUUGCAGAGAUGUUGUAUUGAUCACAAAAGCUGACUUGGAAGGAUACCAGAGCCCUUGCAGGGACACUUCGAAGAAGAUUGUGAUUGUUCCCAGAAGGACUAGGACAAAGCCAAUGAUAGCAAGGUUGACUUGCUUCUUUGCAGCCCUGAAAGUUUCGGGAGGUUCUGGACCCCUAACCCGGCAACUAACUGCAACACGGGCAUGCUAAUUCCAGCCUGAAUGGUAUGGUUUUGGAUGCUUGCUUGUACAGGGGGAGCAUAAAAGGUUCCAUCAGUGGUCUUAAAGAAAUAACAGGAAGAGAAUUUGAUGGUCCCUCUUUAUGUGUGACUUAGAUGCUGGCUGUUCAACUCUCUCUUCCAGUGAGCGCAUAGAUAAAUAAGACGAGGCUAUUGCUGAUCCCCUAAAUCUUUUGUUUUAACAUGAGGUUUGGAUGAUUGGCUUUAGUCCAAUUGUACAUAUUUGCAUCAGUUUUUUCCCGCAUUUUGGCAACCCUUCCUUCCCUUAUUCUUCUUUCUUCACUCUAAUUUUGCAUUGGUUUAGAUCUUCCCGAGCAUGACUUCUCUGACCAAUAUGAACGCUGGUAUUAUUGGCCCAGUUCUCCUCUUACAUAAUCUGAAAACAAGUUAGGGCAAUUAAUUUAAAAUUGAUCGUUGGGCCUGUAUUGUGGCACUCUGCAGAACCUUGGGCUCUACACUCGGGCUAUAUACAAUUGUAACCCAUUAAGAAAUUAAUUCUAAGGUGUGUAUUGGAUCAUGUAUUACGUCAACCGCUC